CGGAAACAUUCGUACAGGCUGCUGAACAUCAUGGCGUCAGGAACUGGUGAAUCUUCAGGAGGACACGAUGCAGAACUGGAUGAAUUAUUGGACAGUGCUUUGGAUGAUUUUGACAAAGCAUCUGCUGCUUCAGCAGCUCCUGAACCUGCAGCCGCUUCAUCCUCUGCCAGCGGCUCUGCACAGAAGCCUCCUCUACUAGAGGAUAGCAAACUUUUUGAGACCCUCUUUGAGGGGGACAUGGCAGCCCAGGCCAGGGAAGAGUGGGAGAAGGCCAUGACGGAGCUUGCCCAGGAGGAACCAGAACUCCUGCAGCACUUCCAUAAACUCUCUGAGGCUGCAGGCAAAGUUGGCACUGAUACUGCCUCCCAGCAAGAGUUCACCUCCUGUCUUAAAGAAACUCUCCGGGGCCUGGCGAAGAACGCAGACAACCUGCAGUCCUCUGGACUUGCUGGAGAUGACCUGGUGAAAACUCUGGAAGGUUUGGGGCUCGACGAAGGGGGCGAAGGAGGGGGAGACGAUGGGAAUAUCCUCCCCAUCAUGCAGUCCAUCAUGCAGAACCUCCUUUCUAAGGAUGUCCUCUAUCCUUCCCUCAAAGAGAUCACCGCCAAGUACCCAGAGUGGCUAGAAACAAACCGGUCAACCCUGAGCGCUGAGGAUUACCAGCGUUACCAGCAGCAGGCUAAGGUCAUGGGAGAGAUCUGUAAGCUCUUUGAGAAGGAGGAAGAGGAGUCUGAAGAUAAAGCGCGAACAUUUGAGUGCAUCAUGGAUCUGAUGCAAAAGCUGCAGGAUCUUGGUCAGCCACCUAAGGAGCUGGCAGGAGAAGCGCCUCCAGGCUUCAACUUCGACAUGGACUCCCUCAACCUCCCAGGAGUGGGCGGGGCCGGCGCCGCCGAGCAGUGCUCCGUCAUGUGAUGAGGGGCUGCUUCGGCCCAUCACAAGAUCUGAAGCCAAAUGGUCACUCUGUGUGUUUGAGCAGCAGGGAGGACUUUGGCGGGCGAAACGGUCGGGCAGGAGUGGAACCCGACCGCAGACACUGUUCAUGACAAAGUGUGUAGAAACAACAGGAGGAGCUGCAAAAUCCCUGCUGCCCUUAAGAUAUUUGGAAUAAUUUGUUAAAGUUUUUCAAAUCUCCUCCAUUAUUAAUUUUAACAGCAUUUUCUGAAGGAGAGAUGAGCUCAGUUGUUCUCUGUUCAUUUAACCUCAUGUUUACUCUUGGGUUGAAAUCAGUCGCGGCUUAACGCAGGUUUAAACCGUGCCUUCUUAAGAGAAGCUUAAUUUAUUUUAGGUCUUAUUAAAUGAAACGUAGCUGUUUUUCAGAUGACUAAUUCCUAGUUUUAAUAAUGUGUUAAAGUUAUUAAGACGGAUCAUAAAUAAUUUGAUAUUUUUUGGUUUAAAAAGUAAAAUUUGCACAAGCUUGUAAUAAGCUAACGAUAUAAAGCUGCAAGUAACUAAACAAGAUCCAUUCCCGACGGUUAUUUCCCAUCCCAAGGUUUUGAUUUGAUGUGAAAAACCUGAUUCCUGGAUGGCGUUGCUGUGGUUACAGUGAUGAUCUUUAUAGUGUUUAAAUACUGUGUGAUUCCCAGUGUUUUGUUUUUUAUUAUGCAGUGAGGCCCUGCAGGUAAAAAAAAAACCCUAUCCAGAGUAGGAUUUAGUUUAUUGAUCAGAUAAAGGGUUAUACCCAUUGUGUUCUUUCCAGAAAAAGAGGGGCUUAUUCAAAAACACCAUAUUGUCUCAUGAAACGUGUGGAACUCCUGCAGAUUCACUGUUUGGUAACACAUCAACACCCUGAUGCUAGCACUUUGUGGCUCUGGUUGUUUGUUUAUUGCAACAGGAUCUCUUUGCCCCACAGUUUUCAUCUGUAACAAUGGAGAGAGGUCCAGAAAUAACCCGGCCAUCAGCCCAUCUCUGACUGCACAAUAAAAGGCUACGGUCAGAGGAUUUAGCUAUGCACUGAACACGGAUCAGACGUACGUCAGAAGCAGCUGAAUGAGAAGCUGCUGCUGAGGUUUGGUCACAUGGUGGGACGCAGCACCCCCAUAAUAAUGGAAAUACAACCUGUUAUGACACUACUGGGUUUGUAAAUGUCCUGAUUAAAACAUUGCUA